AUGUUCGACAAGUUCUGCCGUUACUGUAAAAUGUUCGGUAGCUGCGGACUCUGUUAUCCUCGGAAGCGCGGGACCAACGGCGAACAUUGGCAGAUUAGCAAGACAGGCAUGGGUCCACCCGAAGCGGAGUCUACCUCUGCGUCAGUGUCCAAGUAUUUUCAUCUACCUGCGAUGCCACACCUACCACAUCGACCCACGAAAGAGGAGUUCUUAGCUGCCGCCAAUGGCUUUUGGGAACGGUUAAAGGUUCGUUUUAAGUGGUUCUCUAUCAGAAGCAUGAGACCGUGGAAUAUAGAUGAGUGGGGCGCUUUUGUGUCCUGGUUUCUGUUUGGUCAUCUAGUCUGGAUUCUAGUCGGCACAACAACUUUCUUCUCUCUAGGUAUACUCUUUAUUAACACUGUUUUUGCGCAAGAAACUUUGGCAAAAUGGGUUGGCGAUUAUUUGACCGAAUCUGCUGGUGUAACUGUGGUUUUCGAGUCUGCCAUCGUUCCUAGGUGGAAGGACGGUGUCAUCUCCUUCCGGAAUGUAUUCGUCUCCCGAAGGCCAGGCCAAGUCAAGUCUUCAGUCAGCAAGGGAUCAUCGUCCAACGCUGCUGCAGUUGCCGCCGCUGAAAGAGGAACCGAUAAGGAGACCCCCGCUCCUGUUGAAGUAGACGAUGGCAACUAUACACAAUUUGACCUUACGUUAAACGCGGUUAAUGUUACGCUAUCGUUCGUCAAGUGGUGGAAUGGUAGAGGCCUACUUAAAGAUGUUGAGAUCAAAGGUGUUCGGGGAGUUGUGGAUAGGACCUCAGUGAGGUGGUCCGGCGAGCCUACUGAUCCCUUAUCAUACCGUCAUGAGCACAAUCCCGGCGAUUUUGAAAUCGACUCCUUCAAACUAGAGGACUUACUCCUCACUAUUCACCAACCGGGAGGGUUUCGACCUUUCCCUGUGAGUAUCUACUCCUGCGAACUUCCUCAGUUGAGGAAACAGUUCUUAUUUUACGACUUUUUAGCCGCCACCCAUAUGUCUGGAUCAUACGAUGGCUCACUCUUCACGAUACAUCCUCGCCAGAUUCACGGCGUUCCUGCUGGCCGCGAGCACAUAUCAUCCGAUCCAUUAGGGGAGCCAGACGUCUGGAAAAAGUAUAGCCGUAUACGAAUAGACGGACUGAAGAUUGAUCAUCUCAACCGGGGAGUCGAAGGUCCUUUUGGAUGGAUUUACGAAGGCAAUGUUGAUAUUGUCGCCGACAUAAGAUUCCCAGCCGAUGACGAUGACGGCAUCACAAAGGUGAUGUCUGAAUUUUACGACCGGCUCGAGGAAGCAGUUACGUCAAACCGCUAUAUCCGUAUUCUUGAUCUUGACAAGCCCCGUCGACAGGAAGAGGUUAUAUUUAACGCCCCAAGCCACUUAGAAUCCAACGAGGAAGCAAACGAGGUUAACGGUACUACUACACCUAUCAGCCCCCCAUCUAACAAUAACCCGACCCAAACACAAUCUGCCCUACUAACCUCCUCGGCAUCCGACGAAGAGCCCCCGCGAUACCUUGUCAUGGAUCUACGUAUCCACUUAAACGACGUGAAGGCUACCGUCCCCGUCUUCACGUCUAACCUAUCGUACGUAAACCAAGCGCUAGUGCGGCCCAUCGUGGCAUACAUCAACGCGAAGCGCACAUAUAUCCCUAUUAGCUGCCGUAUUGUCAAGCGGGUGUCUGACUUUGACGGUUCCUGGACUAUCUACGACUGCGGACUUAUGGAUGAUGCUUCCGCCGAGAUGUAUACCGCCUUCGCCCGCGACGUUGAGGACCAGCAGAGCCGCGUCCGCCGCCUCAAGAAGGUCGGCUUCUGGACCCUAAGUCUCGCUGUCCACGCCCUCUUCAUGGGCAUGGCUGGAAACGUCAUAUAA